ACUCAUUGAUUGCCAACCCUGUUCUUGCCUUCUAUGUCUCUGCUCAAUAAUUCAAUUAUUCAAUCAUUCAUCUCUCGAUUCCCAUUUUUUUUCUUCUCGUCUUCGUCUUCCAUGUUCUUAGAUUCUUCUCUCAAUUGUUCUUCGUUGAUUGAUUGACAGAGCAACUCAGUGACUGUUUUUUGUUGUUGUUGUUGUUUGGUGGAUUCGGUUUUUCAUGGGCAUUAACCCUGUUCCUUCUUCUCAUCUUCCUUCGUUUCUUGUUCUUCGUUAUCAAUGGCGGAUUCUCUUUGCUCCGAGUUUUUGAGUCUUCGUAGAUUGCCUAUUACUAGGUUUGAUUUAUUGCUUAUCUUCCUUCAUUCUCUUUUAUAACUUUUGCCCAUUUUGUUGGGGGUUUUCGGCUCCGUCGUUCGGUUCCUGCGAAGUUUGAGAGCUUGAAUCGAAUUGAAUCGAAUCUCGAAUCGAAGCGAACCUUGCUUAGAGAGGUGAAGAGUUGUUAUGGCAUCAGUUUUUUUGUAUCAUGUGGUUGGGGAUCUGACAGUGGGGAAGCCGGAGAUGGCGGAGUUUUAUGAGACGGAGACGAUUGAAACGGCGAUAAGGGGGAUCGGAGAGUCGACGGAGUGUGGAAUACCGAUUUGGAAGAGAAAAACUCAUGUGGGCAUGAUUGAGAAUGGUGAAAUGAAACAGCAGAGAUUUGUGGGAAUUCUCUCUUCUUUGGAUAUUGUCGCGUUCUUGGCUCGAACGGAGAAUCUAGAGGAUCAGGAUAGGGCAAUGAAGACCCCAAUUUCGGAGGUCGUCGUCCCGAACCCUUCAUUGUUGAGGCAGGUUGAUCCUGCAACAAGGUUGAUAGACGCAUUGGAAAUGAUGAAGCAAGGCGUGAGGCGUCUCCUAAUCCGAAAGAGCGUGGUAUGGAAAGGAAUGAGCAAACGGUUCUCCAUUCUCUAUAAUGGUAAGUGGUUGAAGAACAUUGAUGCCCCUGGCAAUAGCAGCCAUAACCUCAGUGUAGUAAAUGCUAAUCGACCAUCUUCGUCUUCAACGGGACACGAUAAGUUUUGCUGUCUCUCAAGAGAAGAUGUCAUCCGUUUCCUUAUCGGUUGCCUCGGCGCCCUUGCACCACUCCCUCUAUCCUCCAUCUCUACUCUCGGAGUCAUCAACCCAAACUACUGCUCUAUCGAUGCCUCGACUCCUGCAAUCGAUAUCGCUCAUAAGCUUCCUGAUGACCCGAUUGCAGUGGCUGUUAUCGAAAACAUGCAUGAUAAUCAAUACAAGAUCAUUGGAGAGAUUUCAGCCUCCAAACUCUGGAAAUGCAAUUACUUGGCUGCUGCUUGGGCGUUAGCUAAUCUUUCUGCUGGGCAGUUUGUAAUGGGAGUAGAAGACAACAUGAACUCUCGAAUGGUCCCGGAUCUAUCCGCUAAUGCUAACGUCGACGAAAACAACCCUGCCAAUGCCGGUGGCGCAACACGGGCAAAGAAAUUCAGCAGUAGAAGUAUCGGAUUCAACCCAUCAAGCCCCACGUUCGGGAUCAGCCGGAGCAUGUACCGUGGCCGAAGUGCUCCCUUGACAUGUAAAGUUACAAGUUCAUUGGCUGCUGUUAUGGCUCAGAUGCUUUCUCACAGGGCAAGCCAUGUCUGGGUAACUGAGGAUGAAAAUGACGAUGUCCUGGUUGGAGUUGUGGGCUAUGCUGAUAUCUUAGCUGCAGUUACGAAGCAACCUGCGACGUUCAUACCAGCGAAUCGAUCCUUCGAGGCGCUCGGAAAUUCUAUUCAAAGUUGAAAAAUAUUUACCAAGCAACCUGCGUCGUUCAUACCAGCUAAUCGAUCCUUCGAGGCGCUCGGGAAUUCUAUUCAAAGUUGAAAAAUGUUCUUCAAUUACACAUAUAAAUUUGUAUAUGAGAGACAUUUGAGCUGCUCAUGAAUUUUUGUCAAUGUAUUGUUCUUAAUGGAACUGUCUUUUACUACUUGUUAUUUGUACUAAACGUUUCUUUAAUGCUGCAGUUAAGAAGGGUAUUUGUUUUAUUAUUUUA